AUGGAGCUUCCCAACAAUUUUUCUAACUUUACCUUAAUGUUAUCCUUUCUCUUCCUCUUAGUACUAUUCAAAAUAGUUACAAGAAGGAGUACUUCUAAAAAUUCUAACUCCAAUUUACCACCAGGACCGUGGAGACUGCCCUUCAUAGGAAACAUACAUCAAACUAUUGGCAGCCCAUUGCCUCAUCAUUCCUUCAAAACUUUGGCACAAAAGUAUGGUCCUUUGAUGUACUUAAAACUUGGUGAGGUACCAUACAUAAUAGUUAGUUCACGAGAAGUGGCCAAAGAGAUACUGAAAACACAUGACCUCACAUUUUGUGAUAGGCCAAACCUUAUGUUGCCCAAAAUAUUUAGUUACAAUAAUACUGAUAUUUUGUUCUCUGCAUAUGGAGAACACUGGAGGCAACUGCGUAGGAUAUGUGUUAUAGAGCUAUUGAGUGCAAAGCGUGUCCAAUCAUUUAGAUCUAUAAGAGAAGAAGAGGUGUCAGAUCUUGUUAAAUCAAUCUCUGCAAAUGAAGGAUUGGUUGUUAAUCUUAGUCAUAUGAUUUUCUCAAUGACUUAUGGGAUUACCGCGCGAGCAGCGUUAGGGAAAAGGAGCAAACACCAACAAUUAUUCAGAUCAGCAAUUAAUGGAAUAGUAAAUAUGCUAGGAGGAGUUUGUAUUGCUGAUUUGUAUCCUUCUAUUAAAAUGCUUCAAAGGAUGAGUAGGGCCAAGACCAAAAUUGAAAAAAUUCACAGAGAAGUUGAUACGAUAAUGCAAGAUAUCAUCAACGAUCACAAAAGCAUUCACAAGGAAGAAGGCAAAGAUGAAAAUCUAAUGGAAGCUCUUAUCAAGAUUCAACAGGAAAAUGAAGAAUCACAACAUCCAUUGACUGAUGACAAUAUGAAAGCAAUCAUCCAGGACAUGUUUGCUGCUGGUACAGAAACAUCAUCAGGGGUUGUGUUAUGGGUGAUGUCUGAGUUAGUAAAGAAUCCAACGGUAAUGGAGAAAGUACAAGCUGAAGUAAGUGAAGUGUUUGAUAAGAAAGGGUAUGUAGAUGAGACACAGAUACAUGAACUGAUAUACUUAAAGUCUGUCAUCAAAGAAACUCUAAGGUUGCAUCCUAUUGCACCAUUGUUAGCUCCAAGAGAAAGUAGAGAGAGAUGUAAAAUCAAUGGGUAUGAGAUUCCAGCUAAGACAAGGGUCAUAAUCAAUGUUUGGGCUAUUGGAAGAGAUCCAAAGUAUUGGGUUGAAGCUGAGAGUUUUAAACCUGAGAGGUUUCUUAAUAGCCCAAUUGAUUUCAGAGGCACCGACUUUGAAUUCUUACCAUUUGGUGCUGGAAGGAGGAUGUGUCCAGGAAUUGGAUUUGGCUUACCUAACGUUGAGCUACCUCUUGCUCAAUUGCUUUACCACUUUGAUUGGAAACUUCCCAAUGAAAUCAAAAAUGAAGGACUUGAUAUGACUGAGUCAUUUGGAUUAGCUGUCGGAAGAAAACAUGAUUUGUGCUUAAUUCCUACUACUCGUCGUCUUUGA